AUGGAGAUUCGCGAGGUCAACUUCAACGCGACGGCCCUGCGGGGGAAGGCCGAGCCCCCCAUGGCGACGUACAUUGCCCCGCCGCGGCCAAAUAAGCAGAAGUUGCAGCCGCAGCCGCAGUCACGUAUCGCGCCCGCGUCAUUGCCGUCGCAGGCCCACUUCACUGAGGCAGAGACGGAUGUGUACGCCUCAUCCCCGCUCUACUCCUACGCCGCCGCCACAACGGACCCGAUGCGCGUGAUGGAGGUAGAGGAGGGGAGCUACGCACAGUGCCCCUGUGCCACCUGCGCGCAGUACCGCGCCUACUACGCGAUGAAGAUGUCAGAGCACUCGGAAAUGCGACCCGAGGCUUCGUACGCGGCUCCCGCAAGGUGCGUCCCAGCUGUGUACGAGCAGCGGCAAUCGCUGCCGCAGACGCAACAGCGGCCGUCUGUGAUGACCACGAUGGCGCGACUGGAUGUGCCGCCUGUGCUAACCAUAGGGAUGCAGCGGCCGAGGGUGCAGGUGGCCGCACCCCACGUCGGCGUCUUUAAACAGCCACCCCCACAACCGCAACAGCUGCAGCAGCAGUCUGCAAAACUGUGCGCUGAGCCGACAGUCUCUGCGCCCAUGGCGCGUGGUGCGAUGCUCCCGCUUGACACCGCCGAGGAGUUUGAGCGGAAGUGCGUGGGCCGCGUGGUGCAGUUGGCCUGCACUGCCGAGGGCCGCUCCAUGCUGCUGGCCGCCAUGCGCUCGCAGGAUGCGAUGGUGAUCGAUACAAUGGUGAGCGAGAUCGUCGCGGAUGUGGAGACAGUGGCGCUUGACAACCAUGGCUGCCACGUUCUGCGUGUCCUGAAGGACUACAUGAGCCCCGAGCAAACUGCUCUGCUGGUCUCCUCGUUCAACGAGACGUUGGUGCUGAACCUUUGUACCGUCUCGCAGUACACGCGACGCAUUCUGCAGGCCCUCUUUGAACGCCCCCUGAUUGAUCUCCAGCCCAUUGUAAACGUCUUGGCGUCCAAUGUCCAGUACCUGGCUGCCACGCAGCAGGGCUGCAUCUCGCUCAUGCGGAUCUUUGAGCUCUGCGGCGCGGAGCAAAAGUUGCAGCUGAUGGCGCCCCUGGUGCCCCUCUUCACCCACAUCGCGUUGGACCCCUUUGGCAACUACGUUGUGCAGUGCGCCAUUGAGCACAGUGAGAAGACGGUGGCCGCGCAGUACACGGUGUCCUGCUUCGCCGGCGAGCUCCUGAACAUGAGUUGUAACAAGUACGCGAGCAACGCCGUGGAGAAGAUCAUUAAAGCCUGCGGCGACGUGCCCGCGGUGCGGCGGAUGCUGAUGGACGAGUUGAUCUUCAACCCUGCCGCCCUGCUGCAGAUGGUGCAGGACAGCUUCGGCAACUUUGUGGUGCAGUCCAUCAUCGAGCACACGGAGAACCCCAAUGAGCUCAAACGCAUCUGCGACCGCCUGCGCCCCGCACUGCUGAGCAGCCCCUACGCGGCAAAGAUAGAGGCGAAAAUUCGCGCCAAGACCCCUACCGUGCAGCUGCUGCAACAGCAACACCGGCAACAGGCCCCACGCCUGAGCCGCACGCGUCGGUCCCACCAGCAGCAACACUGA